CCGCUUUCCCGAAAAUGCCUGGGGGCGAGCAGUUGGAGGCAGGAAGUCGUGAUGAAAACUGCAGGAAUUCCUAUGUCAACUGCGUCCGAAAGAUUAAUCUUUAAUUCCGGGAGGCUCCAGGAGGUUGGCAACUCUACGUUACGUCAGAGAGCAGCAGUUUUUAUAUGAUUUGAAAUGUGUUUUGUGUAAAGUUGGCGAGGGCGUUUCACAAUAAAACAGGUCUACGGUGCAACUAUCACAAAGUUAAGAGAUGUAAACGCUUACCGUAAUUUUGUUUUACUGAUUCUAAAUGAGUUAAGAUGGCUUUUGCUCACCGUUCAAGAUGUUGUGAGUUCAACUAUUUAUGAAAGCCCCAGCCUCGAUUUAAAACCAGUAUGGGGGAUAUGGAAACGGUCUAAGCCCGAACUGUCCUCCUCCUGAUCCGUUGCGCUUUGUGACAACCUUUCAGUGGGGUGUGUUGAUAGACCUAUACUCACUAUUGAUACCACCAGGCUGUUAUGAGCUGGCUCCCUUUGCCCUGCCCUUCUAUCUAGAGCAGUGGUUACCGUCCGUCAGUGACAAGAGAGCUGGUCCUUAGCUGGUGCUGUCGUGCCGGUGAAAGGUCAAGAUUGCAAAGGGUAAAACGCGCUGGGAAAGGGAGGACACGGGCUGAGGACGUCUGUUUUGGUGCACUAAAGCUGCGGCUUCACCUAGCCCCCGCCCGCCCCAUUGCUCAUCUUUGGUUUAGAAAUCUGCCAGUGAGUCUGCACCCAGCCACACACAAUCCGGAUCCGGCUCAAUCCUCAGCCACAGAGCUGAAACCAAACCAGCAAUGCCGCUUAGCUACCGGGUAAAACGCUUAUUGAAUGUAGUUCCUGGGAAGGGACGGUUAGGGAUCUACCGUUUCUUGCCUUGUUUCUUUGUCCUGGGCGGUGUGCUGGAGUGGAUCAUGAUAAACGUCCGCAUUGGGCACGAAACAUUUUAUGAUGUGUACCGAAGAAAACGUUCUGAACGACAGUACCAGCAGCCAUUAGAAGAACUGUCAACAUCUGAAAAUCAGCUACCUUCCAAAUAAGUCACUUAUAAAUAAUUAGCUAAUUGCCUUCUGAAUAAUGAGACCAUUAAACUAUUUCCUUUUUAAAAUCAAUACCUUCCUGAGAUUUUUAUUUCAUCGCAUUAUAAUGAACAUACAGCAUGUUUUUGAAAAAAAUGUAGCAUUUCAUGAUCUCUUGUUUGAAUUGCAUUAAAUUGAGUCAA